AUGACGGCCGUGAACACGGAGCUGCGGCGGCAGGUCAUUGCCAUUUACAAGGGCCGCGAGUACCCCCUCGGCUACGACUACUUCCGCCCGCGCCUGCACGGGGCCUUCCGCGCCAACGCCGCCCUUCGCGACGAGGAUGCCAUCCGCCGGGGCAUCGAGCGGGCCGAGUACGUCAAGAAGGAAAUUGAGGCUCUGUAA